AUGGACUACCCAACUUCGUCAUAUGACGAAGGAAAUAAGUAUCAUUCUUAUUUCGUUGAGAACUAUGCCGAUCAGGCUAAGCAGAUGUCUCGAAAUCUUACUGCACCGCGGCCCGGUAUCCUGGAUGAUCACAUUCUGUCUCAACCGCUGCAAUCUGUGCAAUCUACCCCUGUACAGCAAAACACACAGCAUGUACAACCUUUUCUGCCCGACUUCCUAACCAACUCUAUUCACAGCACUAAUACCACCUUGGGAUAUUCCGCGCCUUCAUCUUCACUGUAUUCUUACUCUCCUGACUAUCCGGAUCUUGGUCUUGGUAGUCAGUCACACGCAAAUAACUCUGUGAAUUCUCUUACUUCAACGCCGUCUGCUGACUGGUCUUCUAAAACCCUGAUGACUUCUAUUUCACAACAACGAUCUCAGAUUCAGCCUGCCAAACAGACUCCUCAGGUCUCUCAAGCACGUCCAAAUCAGGCACAAUUACUACAUUCACUCCGUCCGUCUCCUGGAGAGUUCGGUUCCGUUUCUAGCGUGAUGGAUACCGCUUUAGUAUCAUCGUUGUCUUCAUCUAGAUCAAACAGCUUUCCUGUUAUUUUCCCAGCUACGCAUCUAGACAUUUCUACAAACAGGUAUGGUGUUACCGGGCCCGAUGGAUCUAAUGGACCUGUUGGACCUGAUGGAACCGUUGGAACCGUUGGAACCGUUGGAACCGUUGGAACCGUUGGAACCGUUGGAACCGUUGGAACCGUUGGAACCGUUGGAACCGUUGGAACCGUUGGAACCGUUGGAACCGUUGGAACCGUUGGAACCGUUGGAAACGGUGGACCCGAUGAACUUGAUGGAACCGUUGCUGGAAUUACAAAGUCUCGUAGACCGUCUAAAGUGACUUAUCACUGUAACUACUGUGGAAAAACAUACACUAGACAAAACAGACUCAAAAAGCACAUUCUGUCCAAACACGGCGGUAAAAAGUUUGUGUUUAGAUGUGAAGUCUGUGCCAGAUGCUAUACCUCAAAGGAGAACUUGAAUCGUCAUAAAAACCUGCACACUGAAAAGUAUAAGUGUCCUAGAUGCGGUAUCACCCACGAUCGGGCCAAGAGAUUUGAGCGUCAUCUCUCUGUGUGUAUGCCCAAUUCCGUUGAUCACUAA